AUGGCACCGCGGCGGCUUGAAGGCAAAGUCGCCAUUGUGACUGGAGGGGCCAGUGGUUUCGGGAAAGGCAUCGCAAAGAAAUUCGUCGAUGAAGGUGCCAAAGUCAUCAUCGCAGACCUGUCUGCUGCUUCUGCCGAGGCUGCCGCAAAGGAGCUGGGUUGCCAAUUCUCGGUGAUCAAUGUCACUCUGAGGGAGGACUGGCAAGCUUUGCUCAAGAGUGCUCAAGACCAAUAUGGAGGUCUUGACAUUGUUGUCAACAAUGCCGGAGCCACAUAUGUCAAUAAGCCCACCCUUGAAGUCACCGACAAGGACUUUGACCUCGUGAUGGAUGUAAAUGUCAGGUCCAUAUACCUGUCCACGAGCGUGUUUCUGCCAUACUUUCUGGAACAGAAGAGACCGGGAGUGUUCAUCCAAGUAUCCUCGACUGCUGCCCUCCGUCCUCGCCCGGGGCUCACGUGGUACAAUGCGUCCAAGGCAGCCGUGAGCAACGCCACCAAGACCCUGGCGGUGGAAUAUGGACCUCAGAAGAUCCGAUUCAAUGCCGUCUGCCCAGUGGUGGGAAGCACAGGAAUGACGCAUCUGUUUCUCGGCAAGCCAGACACCGAAGAAAAUCGAGCUGGUUUUGUUUCAACCAUUCCCAUCGGUCGCGGAAGCACACCAGCCGAUGUUGCAAACGCUUGCUGCUACCUUGCAAGUGAUGAGGCUGAGUUUAUCACUGGCGUCAACCUCGAGGUUGAUGGAGGCCGCUGCGUGUAA